AUGGGUCGCUCUAAGGAACUCCGUGAAUUCAAGCAUGACACCGUGAUAGGUUGCCACCUGUGCAAUAAGCCCAUCCGUGACAUGUCCUUGCUUUUAAAUAUUCUACGGUCAACUGUUAGUGGUAUUAUAACAAAGUGGAAGCAACUGGGAACAGCAGCAACUCAGCUACGAAGUAAGCAGGAUCAGCGCAUGCAGAGUCAAUAGCUAAAGACCUCCAAACUUCGUUUCCAGGGAAGGGAACUCUUAAGGCAUAAGCAUAAGUAAAGCCUUUAUUAAAAGCAGAACAUUUGGGGCCUCAUUUAAUGGACAUCUUGAAGGUGGCCCAUUC